AUCACCUGAUAAAGAAGUAGUAAAGCAAAGUAGCUGACUGAUUUAUUUCGUGGCUCUGUGGUCUACUCACGGAGGCUCUGAGACGAUUCCUUUCAUUAUUUCUAUUCCUUAUCCUAUCCGUGGUCUACCUCUUUGUGUGAGUCUCUAUUAUCGACCCAAUAGAGUGAAGUGCGUCUUCCUGUACCCUCUCCCUUCCUAUAACUUGUUGAUAAUUAACAAUGAACCAAGAUUGCGCUACAUGUUCCAACUUAAUUGGCACUUCUCAAGUGCAUAUCCUAUGCUCCAAGUGCCUGAAAAGUCACCACGCUAAUUGUGUUAACCUGACCACUAAAGAGAUCGGCUAUUUCGCCGAAAACGGUGACAGCAAAUGGGUUUGUUCAGCAUGCUGUAGACGUGGUAGAGUCACUCGUAGCAACUCGUCGUCCUCAUCAACUAGUGCUCGACCAGCGGUCUCCCCUCAUCGGUCUGACGAAGCGACUGCUUCUGAUCCUCUAGCACUCAUUUUGUGUCAAUUGUCGACCAUGGCCAAUGACAUUAGAGACAUCAAAAACUCACAAGCACAACUAAGCAACGAUGUCUCCCAUUGUAUGUCAUUGCUACAACAGCAUUCGGCUUCUAUUGUUCGCCCUGACGAACUGAUCUCUAAUUGUGAGGCUAGUAUUCAGCAACUCCAAAGUGCGCAAGCAUCUAUCUUAUCCAACAUUUCGAACGUUGAAUCUAGACUGACCAAUGCACUGGUGGGAGUCGGUCUCGGACUGUCGAACGUGGAGGUACCACCCGCCGGAUCUAAAAUGUGGAGCUUGGAAUGGGUGGAUGUCAUACGCACGUGUUCCCUAGCGAGAGUGCGUUCGGUGUUGCCUCCCCUUUCCCUAUAG